AUGGGGGGCUUCACAGGUCCCUGCAACCCCAAGGGUCUGUUUCUCAGCCCCUGGACUUUUCCCAGCCCUCCAACUCUCAUCUCCCAUCUGUCUCAUAUAGAGACCAUCACUCUCCGGCUGCUACAGACCUCCACCUUCCAAAACACCUCCUUUGUGGACACAGAAGGGCUGGGCCUGCUGGAAGACAUUGAGCUUGGUUCUCUUGAUAAACACACCUGGAACAUCCACUUCUACCAGCCCUGGGUGCGCCCAUCCCUGCCCCGCAGUGACUGGGAUACCAUUGAGAACAUGAUCAAGAUCUAUUUGCAGAAAUUCAACCACCUGAUCAAUGAAGGUGCCAUGCAGAAGGAUGUGCCCUACCCGUUUGUGGCUCAAUGCAUUGCAGGCUGUGAGCUCUACCCCAACUGGACAUCCCGGGCUUUUGCCUAUGUGGGUUACAAUGGCCAGGACUUCCUCAGCUUCAACACAGACAAUGCCACCUGGCUCCUCUCCCAAGACACCAACCUGUCACGGUAUGUCCAGGCUGUUCUCCAGAACUAUACCGCCUUCAGUGAGCUGGUGGAAGUCCUCUUCAAUGAUACCUGUGUCGAUGACAUGGAGUUGAUACUGCACAAUGGGAAGGCAGCUCUGGAGAGACAAGAACUGCCCGUUGCCACUGUCUACUCCCGCACGCCCAACCCAGACAAGCUCCUGUUGGUUGCCCGCGGCACCGGCUUCUACCCACAGCCCAUCAGCGUGGCCUGGCUGCGGGAUGGCCAGGAGGUGUCAGUGGGCCCGGCACUCAACACCAGCCCGGUGCUGCCCAAUCAUGAUCUCACCUACCAGCUCCGCAGCACCCUGGCCGUUGUCCCUGGGGACGGGCACAGCUACGCCUGCCGCGUGCGCCACCGCAGCCUGGGCACCCGCAGCCUCCUCAUCCCCUGGGGGAGCUCAGAGGUGGUGCUGAUCGCAGGACGGGGCCGGGCUGUGGCUGCCAUCACAGUACUUUGGGUGUGGAGACACAGAAAGCACGAGCAGAUGGAGGAAUCGGAGUCCAGGAACUCUAUCCUGAGCAAAGAAGCUUAG